AUGUUAACAAAAACUUGGACAGACAAAGAAAGGGAGAUUCUGAUAGAUGAAGUUAGAAAACGGCCGGAACUCUACAACAACUCCCACAUCGAGUUCAAGAACAAAGAGAGAAGGGCACAAGCCUUCGAUGACAUUGCACAUCUUGUAGCACAGGUCUCCACCAACCCCGAACAGACAGUCGAUGGUAUGUUUUUACUUUGUUUUUCAAAGUUUAGGCCUGAUACUUUGAUAUUAUGUUAAAAAAAGUCUCUAAUAUUAUAUUUUACGUUUUAACAUAAUACAACUUGCUAAUGGUUGAAAAGAUACCUAAAGUAUAUAACAUAUAAAUAAGAGAUGACUCAAGUACUGUAUUUCUAGGCCGCACAGUAGCCGCCCAAUGGAAGAUCCUCAAGGAUUCCUUCAACCGAACUCGGAAAGCGGCUGCCAAUUCCAAGAACUACAGUGUGCCGGUUUGGCGUUUCUAUCGACACAUGGAGUUCCUCAUACCAUAUACGACAAGAUACGACCAAUUUGAAGGCAGUCCUCAGAAUGUACCUCCAGGCAACUCGUUGCCAAACACAAGUUCUACUCAUUACAGUGACACUUCUGGAGACCUUGACGAUGAUGACGUUGAUGAUAUCCGAUCCAAGAUCAGUAACACGACCGAGGACAACUUUGGGUUACAGUCUCCAGAACAGAAAGUGGUACUGAGUAACUCGCAGGAUAACUCUUUAGAAGGCGAUAGACAUCUUGAUGUUCACACUCCGAAUGAUGCUCACGAUGUGCAUGGAAGCCACUUCUUGAGUGCCAGUACUUCGUUUCACUAUAAGGUGAGAUAUUGUAGUAUUGAAUACCUACGCCAGAAAAGUCGUGAACCAAAGAUGUUUUGAAAAAUGGUUACUUUCUUAAACGUACAUGUUGUACUUGCUCUGACUAUUGGAGCGUAUAUAUCUAGUAAAUAAUGUCAUAAAUCAGCUUUCUAUUUUUCGCCAAUUACUGUAGAAUGUCUUUUGUAUUAUUUAUAUCAUCUCGCUUACAGGAUCGCUUCCACCACGAUCCCGACGACUUCUCGCUCUCUUCCGUCCCCACCACCCACGUCUCCAACCACAUUCUCCUCUCCACCGUCGAUCAGCCCCGGAAGCGACCGUUCAAUUCGACCGAUCUCUGUAUUCCGACGUCGGCGUUGGUGAGUCACGGAUCUGGUUCAUCGACCAACUCAUCCUCGGCGUCGAUGCCCUUCACCACCACCGGCAAUCUCGAAGACUAUGUUGUUGAUGUUGUGAAGCGACGCGUCUUCGACUCCCGCGAAGACGACUUUGAUCUGUUUGGGAAGCUGGUCGCCUCGGCGGUAAGGGAAGUCGCCCACUUCGACCACAAGAUGUUCCUCGAGAUGCGACGGGAGAUCAACGAGGUAGUGUACAAGUUUGAGAAGAAGCGCUUCGAGUAG